AUGAUUGGUGACCACCACCAGCUGCCGCCAGUGGUGCAGAACAUGGCCUUCCAAAAGUACAGCAGGCUCGACCAGUCACUCUUCUCACGGUUUGUGCGGCUGGGCACGCCCUACGUGGAGCUUGACGCGCAGGGCCGCGCGCGCCCCUCCAUCGCUGCGCUGUACAACUGGCGCUACCGAGCACUGGGGGACCUGCCCCGCGUCAGGGAGUCCCCCGAGUUCCUGUCGUCCAACCCUGGGCUGGGCUACGAGUACCAGCUGGUGGACGUGCAGGACUUCAUGGGGCGCGGGGAGAGCGAGCCGCGGCCCUACUACUACCAGAACCUGGGGGAGGCGGAGUACGUUGUGUCGCUGUACUGCUUCAUGCGGCUGAUGGGCUACCCCGCCGCUAAGAUCUCCAUCCUCACGACAUACAACGGCCAGAAGGACCUCAUUCGCGACGUCGUGGAGCGGCGCUGCGCGUACCACCCCCUUUUUGGGCGGCCGCACAAGUGA